AUGGAAAGGAGAGAGGCUUGCAAAGGUGGAAAAGAUGUCAGCAAGAAAUUUGCACAAUCACAAUCAUCAGCCAAGUGUGCAGUAGCUCCUGCUAGAAAUCUAGCCUCCCAUAAUGCCCGAAGGAAUGACGCACCUUCUCUAAAUACUACUAAUCAAUCUGUGAAGGCUUCUAGACCUUCUUCAGGUGGAGGGCCUUCUGUCUGCUCUGAAUUAGGAUGGACUGCGUAUGAACAAAAGAUCACGGAGCUGAAGUUGUCAGUGGAUAGCCUUGAGAAGGAGAGGGACUUUUACUUUGCGAAGUUGAGGGAAAUUGAGAUCUUGUGCCAGUCCCGUGAGAUUGGAGACCUCUCUGUGGUUGAAGCAAUACAAAGGAUAUUAUAUGCUAUGGAUGAUGAUGAUGCAUCAGUGGUGGCUGAAGCUCAGGCCAUGAUAUCUGAAUACCAGCACCAAGCAGAGCCAUCGAGUUCCAUACUUGAGGUGGAAGAAGAUUUGCCAAAGUCGGAUAAUCAAAAAAGGAAAACUAUAAUCAAUCUUGAUGUUGAUGUUGCUGUGAGCACUACAUUGUCUCCAAGGCAAAGGAUUUUUGAUGUGCAUUCCAGUGGAUCGCCCCUUAUGACUUACUGA